CUUCCCGGCCGCCCCCUCCCCACUCCCCGGAUUCACUGGCUCACUCGCCGGCGCGCGCACAUAGCCCGCGUCCGACCCGCACCUCGGCGGGCGCCACACACUCGGCAGCCCGAGCCGUGGUAGUAGCCGCAGCGGGAUGGAGGCGGCGCGCACCGAGCGCCCGGCAGGCUGGCCGGGAGCGCCCCUCGCCCGGACGGGACUCCUACUCCUCUCGACUUGGGUCCUAGCCGGCGCCGAGAUCACUUGGGGCACGGCGGGCGGUCCUGGACGCCCUGCGGCCCCGGCUUCCCGGCCAGCCGCGUCGUCGUCGGCUCCUCUCACGCCGCGGGCAGUGGCGAGCCAGUGGCCGGAGGAACUGGCGACAGCGCCGACAGCUGCCGCCGCGCUGGGGCGCCGACCCAGACCGGGGCUGCUGUCCCAGCCGGGCGGCAGCGGCCGUGCGGUGCGGCUGGAAGCGGCGGGGACGUCGGCAGGCGCUCGGAGGGGCCAGCGCGUCCCGGCGCCCGACAAGCCUGGCGGCGCGAGGAGGAGGACUCGCCGGGCUCAGCCCCCCGGCAGCCUGGAGCGCGCGGACGCCUGGGCUACUGCUCCAGCCGACGGUUCCAAAGGAAGCCGCCCCACGGCCAAGGGUUCCCGGGAGGAGGUGAAGGCGCCGCGGGCCGGGGGGCCGACGGCUGAGGAGUUGCGGCUGCCGAGCACCUCUUUCGCGCUCACCGGGGAUUCGGCACACAACCAAGCCAUGGUGCACUGGUCGGGACACAACAGCAGCGUCAUUCUUAUCCUGACGAAGCUGUAUGACUUCAACCUGGGCAGUGUGACUGAGAGCUCACUUUGGAGGUCAACAGAUUAUGGUACCACCUAUGAAAAGCUGAAUGACAAAGUGGGUUUGAAGACUGUCCUCAGUUACCUCUACGUCAAUCCUACCAACAAACGGAAGAUCAUGCUUCUUAGUGAUCCUGAAAUGGAAAGCAGCAUCUUGAUCAGCUCAGAUGAAGGAGCAACCUAUCAAAAGUACCGGCUCACCUUUUACAUCCAGAGCCUGCUCUUUCAUCCCAAGCAAGAGGACUGGGUGCUGGCCUACAGCCUCGAUCAAAAGCUCUACAGCUCCAUGGACUUUGGAAGACGGUGGCAGCUCAUGCAUGAACGCAUCACACCCAACCGGUUUUACUGGUCGGUGGCUGGAUUGGAUAAGGAGGCAGAUCUGGUGCACAUGGAGGUGCGGACGGCAGAUGGAUAUGCUCACUACCUCACCUGCAGGAUCCAGGAAUGUGCUGAGACGACCCGCAGUGGACCCUUUGCCCGCUCUAUUGACAUCAGUUCCCUGGUUGUUCAGGAUGAAUACAUCUUCAUUCAGGUCACCACUAGUGGAAGAGCCAGCUACUACGUGUCCUACCGAAGAGAGGCCUUUGCUCAAAUAAAGCUGCCCAAGUACUCCUUGCCAAAGGACAUGCACAUCAUCAGCACAGAUGAGAACCAAGUGUUUGCAGCAGUUCAAGAGUGGAACCAGAAUGACACGUACAACCUCUACAUCUCAGACACGCGGGGGAUCUACUUCACCCUGGCCAUGGAGAACAUUAAGAGCAGCCGAGGGCUCAUGGGAAACAUCAUUAUUGAACUGUAUGAGGUAGCAGGUAUCAAAGGGAUAUUUCUGGCAAACAAGAAGGUGGAUGACCAGGUGAAGACAUACAUCACUUACAACAAAGGCAGAGAUUGGCGCCUCCUGCAAGCUCCCGACGUGGACCUCCGAGGAAGCCCUGUGCACUGCCUGUUGCCCUUCUGUUCUUUACACCUGCACUUGCAGCUCUCUGAAAAUCCAUAUUCCUCAGGAAGAAUCUCUAGCAAACAGACAGCGCCAGGAUUGGUGGUGGCCACAGGCAACAUUGGCUCGGAGCUCUCAUAUACUGAGAUUGGUGUGUUCAUCUCCUCUGACGGGGGCAACGCAUGGAGACAGAUCUUUGAUGAAGAGUACAAUGUCUGGUUCCUAGACUGGGGUGGCGCCCUCGUGGCCAUGAAGCACACACCUCUGCCAGUCAGGCAUUUGUGGGUGAGUUUUGAUGAAGGCCACUCAUGGGACAAGUAUGCUUUCACCUCGGUUCCUCUCUUUGUCGACGGGGCGCUGGUGGAAGCAGGAAUGGAAACCCACAUCAUGACAGUUUUUGGCCACUUCAGCCUGCGCUCUGAAUGGCAGUUGGUAAAAGUGGACUACAAAUCUAUCUUCAGCCGUCGCUGCACCAAGGAGGACUAUCAAACCUGGCACCUGCUCAAUCAGGGAGAGCCCUGUGUUAUGGGAGAGAGGAAAAUAUUCAAGAAACGCAAGCCAGGAGCUCAGUGUGCCUUGGGCCGGGAGAGCUCGGGGUCUGUGGUCUCAGAACCCUGCGUCUGUGCCGACUGGGACUUCGAGUGUGACUAUGGCUAUGAGAGACAUGGAGAAAGCCAGUGUGUCCCGGCUUUCUGGUAUAAUCCAGCGUCCCCAUCAAAGGAUUGCAGCCUUGGCCAAAGCUACCUUAACAGCACUGGGUACAGGAGGAUCGUAUCCAACAAUUGCACAGAUGGACUCCGGGACAAAUAUACUGCCAAGGCCCAGCUGUGCCCUGGAAAAGCUCCUCGGGGCCUCCAUGUGGUGACGACUGAUGGGCGCCUGGUGGCAGAGCAGGGACACAAUGCAACUUUCAUCAUUCUCAUGGAAGAGGGUGAUCUGCAAAGGACGAACAUCCAGCUUGACUUUGGGGAUGGGAUUGCCGUGUCCUAUGCCAACUUCAGUCCCAUUGAGGAUGGCAUCAAGCAUGUGUAUAAGAGUGCAGGCAUCUUCCAAGUGACAGCCUAUGCAGAGAACAACCUGGGCUCAGACACAGCUGUCCUCUUCCUGCAUGUGGUUUGUCCUGUGGAACAUGUGCAUCUCCGAGUUCCGUUUGUUGCCAUCAGAAAUAAAGAAGUCAACAUCAGCGCCAUUGUGUGGCCCAGUCAGCUGGGGACCCUGACCUAUUUCUGGUGGUUUGGCAACAGCACAAAGCCCCUCAUCACCUUGGACAGCAGUGUCUCCUUCACCUUCCUCGCUGAAGGAACCAACACGAUCACAGUGCAAGUGGCUGCCGGGAAUGCCCUUAUCCAGGACACGAAAGAUAUUGCAGUUCAUGAAUACUUCCAGUCACAGCUCUUGUCGUUUUCUCCUAAUCUGGAUUACCAUAAUCCUGAUAUUCCCGAAUGGAGGCAAGAUAUUGGCAAUGUCAUCAAGAAAGCUCUUAUUAAAGUCACCAGUGUCCCAGAAGACCAGAUCCUCGUUGCUGUGUUCCCUGGCCUCCCCACGUCAGCAGAGCUUUUCAUCCUUCCACCUAAGAACUUGACAGAGAGGAGGAAAGGCAAUGAAGCAGACCUGGAACAAAUUGUGGAGACACUAUUUAAUGCUCUAAACCAAAACCUGGUCCAGUUUGAGCUGAAGCCAGGAGUCCAAGUCAUUGUGUACGUCACACAGCUAACUCUAGCUCCCCUGGUGGACUCCAGCGCCGGGCACAGCAGCUCGGCGAUGCUCAUGCUCCUGUCCGUGGUGUUUGUUGGCCUGGCAGUGUUUCUGAUCUACAAGUUUAAGAGGAAAAUCCCCUGGAUUAACAUCUAUGCCCAAGUCCAACAUGACAAGGAGCAGGAGAUGAUUGGGUCAGUGAGCCAAAAUGAGAAUGCCCCCAAAAUCACGCUCAGUGAUUUCACCGAGCCUGAGGAACUGCUGGACAAAGAGCUGGACACACGGAUUGUAGGGGGGAUCGCCACCAUCGCCAACAGUGAAAGCACAAAGGAGAUUCCCAACUGCACCAGUGUUUAAUACCAGCAAGCCA